AAUUGUUCUCAUUUUUCACUUUAGGAGCAAACCAUGUGGGCUUGCCUAGCCGCUAUGGCAGUUUGUAAUCGUGAUAUGACCACCGCAGAAAUAGCCUACGCAGCGAUUGGUGAAAUUGAUAAAGUUCAAUACAUCAAUUCUAUAAAAGAUCUUCCAUCUAAAGAAUCAAAAAUGGCGCACAUAUUAAUGUUUAGUGGAAACAUACAGGAAGCAGAGAUCAUACUUCUUCAGGCUGGCCUUGUCUAUCAAGCAAUCCAGCUCAAUAUUAACCUCUACAACUGGGAAAGGGCACUUGAGUUGGCUGUCAAAUAUAAAACACAUGUUGAUACAGUUCUUGCUUAUCGGCAAAAGUUUUUGGAAACAUUUGGCAAACAAGAAACUAAUAAACGAUACUUGCAAUAUGCAGAUGGACUUCAGAUUGAUUGGGAAAAAAUCAAAGCCAAAAUUGAGAUGGAAAUUACUAAAGAACGAGAGCGAUCUUCCAGCAGUCAGCCUAGCAAGAAUGUUGGUCUGAAGCUUUAAAUGCCUCGCUCACCUUUAAUAAGUUUUAUUUCUUGAAAAUAGUUCUGACUAGCCAAGAAUAAGUAUGUCUUCAUUAUGGAAAAAAAAGAAGAAUCUUUAAGUACAGGCACUUGUUGUGUAUUAGUACUAAAAGACAUUCAGAAAGAUUAAGCAUAAAAUAAUUGAUAUAAUUUCAUCUUUUAUAUUUUUCUAGUUCGAGCUAGCAAAAUGUUUCUAUAUAUUUAUGGUAUGUCUCUAGGGUUGCUAUACUCUAGUUUUGUGUACAUUACUUUAUCCAUGAAUCUUUAGCAUACACAGAUGUUUAUGCUGAUAAUAAAGCAUUGGACUCUUUAACAAAUUAUAUUAUCACUAAUAUCUAAAUGACCUCUAAAUCAAAAAUGAUCUAAAAGUUAACUUAUACAACAAAAAUACAUGAAGAUGGGAUGUGAAAAAUACAUAUAAUUAUGUAGCAGUGCUCACAAUGUCAUUCAUUAUUUAUAAAACCAAAAUUGUAAAGAUUUCCUCUGUGGCCUGGGACGUGGUACAGUGCAUAGGGUGUUGGGCUCACAAACAUGAAGUUACCAGUUCAUUGAGGUCCCAAGUUUGGUCACUGGUAUUACAUGUGCCAGAAUGAU